AGCAAUGACUGUGUGACACUGACCCAGAGACGCCCAUUGUACGGUGGAAUGCGGGCAGCGCCGCUGAACGGUGACAUACCUGUGGGAAACCAACAUUAUCCUAUUAACCACCAGCAGCCAGAUCCUCCUCCAGAGUCACUGAGUAAACAGCACCUGGCACCUCACAACGGGCAGAUCACUAAGAGGACAGUGCUGUCAUCAAAGCCUAUGUGCUUUAAGCCUAACCAGACCAGACAGGCUCAAGCUGGCAGGCACACAGGAACAACCCUCCAGCAGCUCGCAAACUCUGCCAUCCCGGAUGAACAAACCAGCGCGCGAAGCCUGGCACUCAGAAACAUCCCUGCAGCCAUCAAGCAGUGGGUACGCUCACACCCAGGAGCUUUCCUCUGCUAGAUGAAGAAACACACGUGACUGCGAAAGGAAAAUGAGCGGAAUGAGACCAGAUGCCGAGCUCUUGAGGAGGUGGAUGGAGCUGAGCGAGGAGGUGACGCUGGAAGAAGAUGCAACGGAGAACCAUUCCACAUCGGUUAGGCAGAUGGAGAAUAACACAUCAUCGGCCUGUGUGUGGAGGGAUCUGCACCUGGCUGCUUGGAAUGGUAACACACAUCUGGUGAAGCAGCUGCUGAAGCGGGGGGCAAUGAUGGAGAGCAGAGACCAAAAUGGAUGGACGCCCUUACACGGUGCCGCACUGAAUGGAUACCUCAGCAUGGUUAAAUUCCUCGUGCAGCGUGGCGCUGCAGUCCAUGCCAUGGAUCAAUCACGCUACACACCGCUGCACCAUGCUAGCUGGAAUGGCCAUACCCAAGUGGCCGAGUUCCUCCUGGCUCGAGGAGCCUCAGCAACAGCAGGGACCACAGCGGGCCUGACCCCACUUCACUGCACAGCAGCCAGUGGUCACACCCUCAUUGUGCAGUUGCUGCUACAGCAAGGCACAGAUCCUGCCGGUAGGGACACAAAUGGGUGGACAGCACUGCACUGGGCGACUGUGAGCAGCCAUCUGCAUGUCAUGGACUUGCUGAUGUGCCACGGCCUCUCCCCAGACCUGGGCAGUGAUGGAGGCAUCACAGCAUUGCACGUGGCAGCAGAGACUGGAAGAAGUGACAUUGUAAGGUUCUUGCUUGCAAAGGGGGCCAAUAUCGAUGUCAAGGAUGGGCUGGGGAGAACAGCACUUGCCAUUGCUGCAGACAACGGUGAUCAAGAGAUUACAGGAGUGUUGCUGAAAGGCAAAGCCAAUGUGCACCUGAAGGACCACUAUGGCUGCACAGCUCUCCACAAAGCAGCAGCUGGAGGAUACCUAACCAUAGUGCACCUCUUGGUUAAGGAAGGAGCUGGUGUCAAUGCUAAGGAUGGUUUGAAUCUGACCCCACUUCACAGAGCUGCCUACUACGGGCAAAGCAAGGAAGCCUGUUAUCUCCUGGAGCAUGGAGCUGACAUCAAUGCUGCUGGCUGGCUAAGCAAAACCCCGCUGCACCUGGCUGUGGAAAAGAAUCAUCUCCCUUUAGUGCAGCUGUUGCUGGGGAAGGGGGCUAGUCUCUCCCUGAGAACUUGCUGGAGUAAAACAGCAAAGGAUCUAGCAUUGCCAGGGACAUUUCCUGGAGACUUGCCAUCCGCUUCAGAGAAGCUGGCAGGUGCUCAGAUCAAGCGUGGUGGCUUCUUAACAUGGCAGAGGAAAUACCAUGUAUCCGUGUCCAAGAAGGCAGUCUUCCUGAACCACUUUGCGGGAGAACUGCUCUUCUGGUUCAGGGCCCGCUCCCGACCCAGGGAGCGGCGCUGGCGGGUGCGGGAGGAGCUCCAGAAUGCCCGGCAUUUUCGUGGAAGAAAAAACCGCUGCUAUGGUUUGGCCAUACGGUAUAUUCACAGAGCUUUUGUGAAGGCUACAAAGGCCAGAAAAUUGAAGAAGAGAUUCAUGAGAACGCUCUGGAUUACUAGGAUCGAAGCAGCCUCUCUUGAACAUGGUUUGAAGUAUCCAGGUUUUAUAAGCAAUCUUAGUAAGUGCCAGGUGGAUCUGAACAGGAGAAUGCUUGCUGAUUUGGCUAUUUAUGAGCCUAAGACUUUCAAAUCCUUAGCUGCUUUAGCCCAAAGGAGAAGACAAGAAGGCUUUCUUGAUGCCCUUGGAGAUGGAAAAGAACCAGAAGGAAUAUUUUCACGUCUCGUGCACUAUUAUUAAUGUGACGGACAUAAUCUGCAGUUGCAGAGGUUUGUUCUAAGUAGGGACCUGCCUUGUAAUGUACGUUUGCUCCCUAAGUACAAAAAGGAAACAAGACCCUUCUUAGGUCUGGGUGUCGUUUUUCUGUUAGACUGAUCCCAAUGGGGCUUGGUAAAAAUUGUCAACCAAACUCUGCAUAGAUAAAUAAUAAACCUUGUAAAAGUCAUUUAAAAAUGUAAACAUUUCAUUUUGUAACAGCCUAAUAAAGAUGUAUUUGUUCUUUUUUUUUAA